AUGGCGACCUCUGCUGCUACCAUGUCUCCCGCUUAUCUCAACGGCCACUCCAAACUUCAACCAACCAAACUCUCUAUAACCCCUAUCUCAGCUGCAUCUUCCCCCGCCUCAGCUGCCUCACCCAUUUCGAGCGUGUCUACGCCUACUUCAACCCAUCAGCUUGCCAUCAAACCUGCAACCGCAAUUGCAGCCGUAGCUUCGCAAGCCACCGUAAUGGCUUCGAAGGCCUCAAUCACCAGCAAGGAAUGGGUAGUUCCUCCGAGGCCCAAACCUGGUCGGAAACCUGCCACGGAUACACCACCAACUAAACGUAAGGCUCAGAACCGCGCCGCCCAGCGUGCAUUUCGAGAGCGGAGGGCUGCUCGUGUUGGCGAAUUAGAGGAACAGCUAGAAGAGCAGAAGGAAGAAUACGAGCGAAAUCAGCAACAGCUUACCGAGCAGGUACAUGACCUAGAUGCCGAAGUGAAAGCCCUACGAAAUAAAUGCGUAGUCUUGGAGGAUUUACUAGAGAAGGAACGUAGAGAGCGCAUCAAAGCGACAAGCGAACUUGAGGAGUUGCGACAACGAUGGAGAAGAGAAGAGGCGUCUUCAAGACCCGGAAGUUUUGCCACGCAGCGCGGAACGCUACCAAACCCACUAAGCUUUUCAUCCCAGCAUCCAACGCCACGAGGAAGUCUCACUAGCAACGCACCAGAUCACCGUAAUUCGGCCACAGCCUUUUCUAUCUCGCAAAUCAUCUCCCCUCCCGACUCAUCGGGUUCGUCGGGCGCCCCGCGGGAAUCGUCAACUGAUCCGACAGGUUGUGGCAAUUGUGAAAUCAACGGACCAUGCGCCUGUGCGGAAGAAGUUCUUGCUGACACGACUAUCGGAUGCAGCAAAUGCAGCAUCGGUUCCAAAUGCGAAUGCCUCGAAGCUAUGGUGAAGGAUAUGGCUCCGAAUUCGGAAACUGAGCUUAAGCGGAAGAAAUCUUCCCUGUCCCUCAUGGCUCCCGAAGAGAAGAGGCAGAAGAUACCCGAGCCAUACCCCCACGAAGUCGAUUUUACUACUGCCUUUGCUAAGAAGAAGGAUCCUGUUCCAGAGCCGAUUUUGUACCAACCCCCUACUCAGCCGACCAUGCCGCCGCGAGACUCUUGCGGCUUCUGCGAACAAGGCACCUAUUGUAUGUGUGCCGAGGCUGCCGCAUCGCAGACACUCCCUGCAGCAUCUCAACAAGUUCAGACACCACCUCCUUCCGAAAAUGACGUCGGCCCUCAUCCGAUAGAAAUCACAUCAACCGGCGCCGUCAAAUUACCAGGUAUCAAUUCCUUGAAUCGCGCUCCGAUACCGGCAGGCCGUCCUUCGGGUGGCUGUGGUCCCAAAGGCCCAGGUUCUUGUGCUCAGUGUCUAAGAGACCCUAAGUCUGGCCUCUUCUGCCGUAGCCUCGCCGCGAACUUUGCCCGCAACUCAGGCGCACCCAGCAGAGGGUGCUGCGGCGGAUCCGGCGGAUCCGGAUGCUGCAAAUCUACCGAAGCAUCAGCAUCAGCAUCAGCAUCAUCCGCCGAACCAUCGACCAGUGUUAGCCUUUCAUGCGCAGAUGCGUACAAGACGCUGUCUAGCCACCGAAACUUCGACAAGGCUGCUGACGAGAUUGGCACUUGGUUGCCUAGACUUAAGGCUACUCCGCUACCAGCGAAUACGGCAGGUAGAGCACCCAUCGAGGUCCAGGUAGCCAGCAUUAUGGGUGUGCUGAGAGAGUUUGACGUCCGAUUCGGAAGGGAAGCUUGA